CGAUCACUUGCCUAUCGAUGAGUCCAUAAGUUUGGCGAAUGAAGUGUUUGAAGACGUUAUGAAAAGCAAUGAUUUGGUCAAAGGGUUGGCCACUAUUGAGCCCUAUUGUGACCGAAGUGUUUACCACAGUUUGGUUCGUUCACUAUAUCUCCUCUUGACUGCUAUGACAUCCAUGGAAAAGGUAGACAUAGACGCGGCUCAAAAAGCAGUCAAUGUGGAAGUGCAUGCUGAAUUAGUACACGCCGUGAGUUUGCUAAUAAGCGCGGAUAAUCACGAGAACCCGUUCCCAUUGGGAAAGCGAGACAUCGAGACU